AUGGGUAAUUACAAAUCACGUCCACCGUCUUGUUGUGCUGAUGAACUGAAGAAAAAAAUUAGCGAGGGUUAUGCAGUAGUGCGAUCGAGACUUAAUGAUGACGUAAAACCACGAUUUGAUACUUGGAACAUACUGCAAAAUACUUGUUUCCAAGGGACGUUGAAGGCCUUAGAAGAAUCUCUGAAAUGCUUGGAAAAUUUCAAUGAACUCGCCGAAAAUCAUCAUUUGUCGUUACUUCAUCUCAUUUGUGCUGGAUAUUCAGAGCAGCAAUCGGAAAAAGUUGUAUUAUUGCUUGAGUCAUGUGGUGAAGAUGAAGAGAAAAAACAGUCGCUACUGAGACAUCUUUCAAAAAAUGGCUUUUCCGCUCUUCAUUUCGCUAUUUAUAAGGAUGAAAUUAAUACAGUAGAAAAUCUACUCACAGCAGGAGCUGACGUAGAUUUUGCUGGUCGUAACAAAUUACCACCUUUGCAUUUAGCAGUGAUGUGCGGAAACAUAGAAUUGAUUCAAAAGUUAAUCGAUCGGGGUGCUUCCCUGCAAGCCGUUGACUUUGUCAAUUUCACGUCACUUCAUUGUGCUACUUAUUUUGCUCAUGAAGAGAUAGUGCGCUUGUUGAUUAAAUGUGGAGCUGAUCCGAAUUCAUCUGGGGGUGUAAAUGAUAGACCGCUUCACUUAGCGAGCAGUAAGGGGCAGAUCAGUAUUGUUUCCGCUCUUUUAGAAGCAGAUGCUGACCCAACUCUAGCAGAUGAUGAAGGUAAUACAUCACUGCAUUUUGCUGCAAAAACAGGCCAUGUUGGAAUAAUUGAUUUACUGCUACUUAAAAUUGGUGCUAGACAUCAAGAGUUAGCUUUGAAAACAAAUAUAUAUGGCGAUACACCACUUCAUACAGCGUGUUAUGCAGGUCGCUUAGAUGCAGCUAAGCGAUUGUUGACUGUUUUUGGAUCAAAUACUUUAAAUAUGGAGAAUGUAUUUUCUGAAACACCACUGCAUGCAGCGUGUACAAGUGGUAAAAACUUGGAUUUAGUAGCAUUUCUGCUGAAACAACCCGGUGUAGAUGCAAAUUUUCAAGGACAAGACGGACACACUGCUCUUCAUAGCGCCUGUUAUCAUGGUCAUUUACGUUUUGUACAGUAUCUUUUGGAUAGUGGUGCUGACCAGUCUCUGAUGGCUCGAGCAGUUGAUCAUCCACUUUCGCCUGCAAAAGCAUUAUAUGGUGAUUUUUCAUUCCCAUUUUAUAAUUUUUUGCCAGCACAUUUUCAAAUAGAUCAUUUAGCGAACACAUCAUCGAAUAUACCUCAGACAAUGCUCACCUUGUCCAAAGAAACAGCAAAUUCUUUUGGUGGUUCAUCUAUCUCAUCAGCUAGCUUCAGUGAUGAUCAACAGCAAACACCCAUCAUUUGGGCUUAUGAAAAAGGUCAUGAUCAAAUUGUUGCCUUGCUUAAGCAUUAUGCAAAUAAACGUCCUGAUUCUGAUGUUUGCUCCGAAUAUAGUUCUGGUGAUAGCAGCUAUACACCACUUCCGAGUCCUCUUGGUCGUUUAAGAUCAAUGACGAAGGAAAAAGCUGAUAUAUUACAACUUCGUGCCUCUCUAUGCAAUCAAUUUCAUCUUUCUUUAACAGAUGUCGACUUUCAGGAAGCUAUUGGUAGUGGUUCAUUUGGGAAGGUUUAUAAAGGUACAUAUCGUGGAAAAAUAGUAGCGAUUAAAAGAUAUCGUGCAGUAGCAUUUGGUUCCAAAAGUGAUGUUGAUAUGUUUUGUCGUGAAGUAUCAAUUCUUAGUAAAUUACAACAUCCAAAUGUGAUCGCUUUUGUUGGUGCUUGUUUGGAUGAUCCUAGUGUACCAUUUUAUAUUGAUACUUGUUUACAGCAGUUUGCAAUUAUAACAGAAUUUCUUGUAAAUGGAUCAUUAUUCUCUUUAUUACACGAGCAAAAACGAGUUCUAGAAAUGACCUUACGCCUUAAUAUUGGAAUUGAUGUUGCACGUGGUAUGCAAUACUUGCAUGAACUUGCUCAAAGACCAGUGAUUCAUCGAGAUUUGAAUUCCCAUAAUAUUCUUCUCCGUGAUGAUGGCCAUGCUGUUGUAGCAGACUUUGGCGAAUCACGGUUCAUGGCUCAACAUGAUGAUGAAAAUAUGACAAAACAGCCUGGUAAUCUUCGAUGGAUGGCACCUGAAAUCUUUACACAAUGUGGACGUUAUGAUCGAAAAGCGGACGUAUUUAGUUACGCAUUGUGUAUUUGGGAACUUCAUGCUGCCGAGCUACCAUUUGCUCAUUUGAAACCUGCUGCUGCUGCUGCUGAAAUGGCUUAUAAACGAGGUCGCCCACCCUUACCUCCACAUCCAACUAUCCAGUUUCCAGCUCAUAUUUUAUACACCAUAACAUCAGCUUGGCAUCACGAUCCUAAAUCUAGGCCUGAUUUUGCUGAUAUUUUGCCAAAUAUUGAAAAAUAUGCUUCUCCAAUUAAACCAUUCAGCGGA